AUAGUACUUAGCACAGUAUACUACUACUGCAUCUGUAUGAUCCUUUUAUCGAUCGCGCUUGAACUCUUUUUUCUAUCACCUGGCUAGAUGUCAACUCAAGAGGGAUCUGUCGAUAGUGACAGGGAUAUAUCCUUAGACGAGGCUACUGUCGACUUUGACUCGGAAUUAUUGACGAACCUAGGUAGUGGGCUGAUUAACGCUAUCUUGGAACAAGAGCCCACCGAAGUUAUCAAGGCACUGGUUGACUCUGGAGCUCCACUGUGGUACCAAGAUGAAGAGGGUUUAUCGCCUUUACACGCUGCUGUGUAUGUAGAGGAUGCAGAACUUGUAAAGUUGCUGAUUGAUGAAGGCGCUGUCUGGAAUGCAGUUGACAAUCUUCAAAACACUGCAGCGGAUAUUGCGCUAUCGCUAAAUAAUCAAGAGUGUUACACACUGAUCCGUGAUGCUGGAAUCCGUUCGGGUGGUACGCCGUCCUCAUUUGUUAUACGAGACACGGAUGAUUCCGCUGCAGGGUCUACCGACGCAUUUAUAUCUUCAAAAUUGCGUUUUACCAAGGACGAAUUUGGCCAGGAGAUUUGUCUGCUCAAGCUCAAGGAUGAUGAAGUGGGUGUCAUGAUGGGCUGGGAACGGGAAAUCAGCGAGUUCAUUCCUGAUACGCGGUGCAACUACUCGCAAGGCCUGAAAAUACUAAAUGUUGGAUUUGGACUCGGAAUAAUCGACACAUUUUUCCAGUCGGUGGCACAUCCUCCAUCGCAUCAUGUCAUAAUAGAACCACACCCGGAUGUGUUACAACACAUGAGGGACAAUGGCUGGUAUAAUAAAACGGGUGUCAAAAUACUAGAGGGUCGGUGGCAAGAUUUCAUAGAGAGUGAAGAAUUACUUGGCUUUGGCGGCUUCGACGUCAUUUACACAGAUACGUUCUCGGAAAACUACGAAGAGCUUCGCAAGUUCUUUGGUCAUUUGCCAGAUUUAAUGGAUGGGCCCGAGUCUAGAUUUAGCUUUUUUAACGGCCUUGGUGCUACAAAUGCUCUGUUCUAUGAUGUUUACACGCAUCUCUCCGAAUUACACUUGGCAGAAGAUGGGUUGGAUGUGGACUGGAGUGAUGUCGAAGUUGGCACUGAUGAAAGUGAGAACAGGUGGGGGAAAACCAGGGAGUACUUUACAUUACCCAUCUAUCGCCUUCCAGUGGGGCAUAUGAAGUCGAUUUGACGCUGAUCAAGCUGCGCAUGCGUUAACCCGUACAUGAUGUUAGACUUGUUCAUCAUGAGGUAUGAAUGCUUGCUGAGAUCAGCCGCGGCAAACUGCUAACUGAUAAGGCAAUCCAAAU